AAGAGUGCAAUGCGGGAUUACGUUGGAAAUGAAACAAGCCAUCGAUCACUGUUUCAAUCAUGUUGGUACCACGUAGAUAGGUAGUUGUCUUCAAACUGGAAGUUCCGGCAGGAUCAAAGUGACCAAGCCUUGUCUCAAACAUCACGUGGUGAUAAAGAUUUUCUGCAAUGAUAGAAGGACCCCUGCAAUUGAACCAAUGACGGCAUCUGCAGGAACGAGAUAGCUCCCGUUGCAUUCUGCAGAAGGAUGGAGAUCAUUUUUGAGAUUCACUAACCGCACUUAGUCCGAUUCUCCUGAACCCCCGAAUUCACAAUGGCAGCAGCAGGGCUCAGCAGGGCUGCCGCCCCAAUGCUCCGGCAGUCCAUCAGCCGUUGCCGACCAUUACAACUCUUCAAGCAGCAGCGGCGAUGGGCAGAGGUGCAUGACAUCCGCUUCCUCACCACCACGCGCCCGCGUCAGAAUAUCGCAGAAAAGUACCGCGAGAAGCUUGACCGCAAGGCCAAGUCAGAAGGACUUACCGGAAUCGACGAGCUCAAGCAAGCUUAUGCCGAGAGGAUCAAGGAGCAGCGAAAAGCCGCCGCCGCCAUUGCACCGCCUGGCUUGGACAAGAUCCUGGCCGACGAACCUGCCGCCCGAGCUACUCAGACUGUCGAAUCGGGUGCGAACACGGCAGGCACACCUACAGAACAAAGCAGCAAUUCAUAUUCAAAACCGGAAACAACCCCGGCAAAGGACAGCAGUGGCUCACAAGUGAAGCCCCUCUCCGCAAUCGUCGACCUCCCCAAAGUCCGCCAACUCCCCGUCCCCGAACUGACCGAGAUCUGGCGGCUGCUGCACACAACGGACCCCAAGAGCCUGUGCGCCGUCGUCCCGGCGCCCACCUACAAGGCCAUGGAGGCGCUCGCCCGACAGCGGCCGCAGUUCGUCCUCCCCGUGCCGCACCCGGAGCAGGGGGCCGAGAUGCACUUUCUGCAGUGGACGUUCGACGCGGCCACGGGGACCAGCACGGUUCUGUUCACGCAGCUGGCCGAGUACAAGAACCGCGGCGAGUUUGCGCAGCCCCACACGACGGUCACGCACCACCCGGACCUGGCCGACGACAAGGGCGUCGUCCUCAUGCAGGGCAGCAUGGUCGACAACAGGGGGGUUAAGAUUGCGGACGCGCAGUGGCUCGUCAUGUGCCUGCAGCGCUUCUACGGCGGCUGGGACCCGGCAUUAUCCGCGGGCGGCAGCAGGCUGCAGAGCGAGGAGAGGGCCAAGGCCAGGCGGGAGCUGGUCGAGUGGUUUGGCACGGGGAAUGAGAACUUUAGCAUCGAAAAGCUGCUAGCGGAGGCCGAGAGGCUGGGUUGAGACGUUAGCCGUUGUGAGCCGAUCUGUGUGAUUGUUCCCCUGGACUAAUGGUGUACAAAACUUGUCUGUAGAAAUAGAAGAAGAAAAGUCUAUACAAAAAUGUAACAGGCUAAUUCUACCCCAUGGCUCGGGCUUAGGCCUCCAGGUUCGAUAUUCGUCCAAAGUCUGGU